AUGGGUGCAUUUGGCACUGUUGCUUGCGGUUCAGCGGCAAUUCUGAUCAUCGGAUCUUUGGCUACAAUGAUCUACAUCGUCUCGGACAUCAAUGGAUUAUACCACGAUGUGAUGCGAGUAUCACAAGACACCAAAAGUGUUGCAGAUGAUGCGUGGCAAGAAUUAUUGAAGAAGAAUGGUGAUCCACAAACAUCUCGAAUCGCUUCAGCUAUGCUUUUCGGUCGUGAAAAACGUGCAGCUCUCCCAGAUCAUUGUCAAUGUCUCGAAAGAUCAAAGGGUUGUCCAGCUGGGCCACCUGGACCAAAGGGACCAAAUGGAAAUCCAGGACAACCAGGAGUUCCAGGAAUUCCAGGAAAACCUGGAUCCGAUGGUUAUGCUCGUCAUAUUCAUGAGACAACUGGCGGAGAAUGUCAACCUUGUAAGGCUGGACCACCGGGACCACCUGGACCAGAUGGAUGUGCAGGAGAACCAGGAUCUGAUGGAAGACCAGGACCAGACGGGCAAAAUGGCAAGCCAGGAACACCAGGAUCACCAGGACCUGCUGGACCAGCUGGACAUCCAGGUAAACCAGGAGUUGGAGGAGCACGUGGACCACCAGGAGAGCCAGGAAAAACCUAUUUGCCUGGAGUUGCUGGACAUCCAGGAAACUCGGGACGACGUGGACCACCUGGACCAGCCGGGCCAAAUGGCAAACCAGGAAAGCAAGGAGCUGACGGAAUUCCGGGAGCUGGUGGAGCACCAGGAGCACCAGGACAACCAGGAGUUGAUGGAGAGCCAGGAGCACCGGGAGAGGAUGGAGCACCAGGUGGUGAUGCCGCUUAUUGUCCAUGUCCAAAUAGAUCGGUCGCUGUUGAACCGGCACCAACACAAACUGAGGAACAAACCUAUGGAAAAGUCUAA